GAGUCGCAUUAUUUUUUUGGUUGCUGUUUGUGGCUUACUUUCGACUUUUUUGCCAAAAAAAACUGGUCAAAGUUUAGUAAUACCGAUUUUAUCAUGUGAAAUAGUACACCUCUACAGCGGUGUUUUUUCUGAAUAAAAAUUGAAAUAGUUUGUUUGUUUAAAAUUUAACACAUUUCGAUUCAUUGCAACCAGAGUGAGAAAUUCAAAUGACUCAGUCGAUUGUGAAUUCGAAAAAUUUAGAAAUUCCAUUCAAAAGGUUAUCUUAUCAAAUGGUUUGAGGUUGAGUGAGUAAAUAAACAAUUACAAAAUGAGUCAUACGCAAUUAAAUGGAUUGGAUUGGAAAUCGUGUGCCAAGGCGAUGGGAUGGUUGGGAAUAAUUGUGUACGCAAUAAUAUGCUUCGCACUGGGAUUUUUCGGACUCAUCUGCUCUCCAAAUUUAAUAGCCAGUGCAUUCUGGUUGUAUGGAAUCAGCUCGAAACGUGCCAAUUUCAUGCUUGCCGCGUUAAUUGUUUGGAGUAUAUCUUUGCUUAUUUUGCUAUGUCUUUUUGCUUUUUAUGGAUAUGGAAUAUUCACUGAAGACAACAUCAACCGGAGAGAGAACACUGCAAAUCUGUUUAUAGCAUCUACUGUAUUUGGCAUUAGUUUAAUCUAUUACAUAUUUUGCGUGAACUUUUAUCGAAAGUUUAAACAAACUAUCGAUGAAAUGGAAAAAACGACGUGGAAUCAAAGUUCGGAAGACCCAGCAUGUAUUUGGAACGAUGCAGAUGGAAAUGUGAAUCGAAUAUAUGCAUCAACCGUAUUCAUUCAAAAGAAAGAAACAUUUGUUUAACAAAUAGUGCGAAUUCAACAACCAAAGAAUUUCCACAUUUAAAAUUGACUUCUACAUCAGGUGUAGUUUUUUUUUAUACAAGUUUUAUAUAUGACAAAAUUGUUUUUAAUUUAUCGA